AAGAAGGGCACCAACGUUUCUUCCACGCGUUCCCUGUGAUCCCCAAAAGAACACUCUACAAACACCGUCCACUUCUCCCACAAGCCCUCACCAUGCUGAAAACAACAGCAGCAGCAACGCUGUCUUCUUACUUUCUCACUUGCAAGCAACCACAGCUAUGCCUAGUGCUUUGGGCUCUUCCCCCUUAUAAAACGAGAGCGUGGCCUGAACCAUACCUUCACACUCACUUUCUCUCUCUGUCUCUCUACCUUCUAAAGCAAUAUUUCUCACCAAAUCCUCACCAGAAAGCGAUAUAAGCAUUCAAUUCACACCCUUUAUUCUUCUUUGGACAGUGCGGCAGUUGCACAUACUUGUUUAGACAGUGGAGCUUCGAUCGGUGCAGUGAAGAUGCUGAACGGGGUUGCGUUGCACCAUGGAGCGCUAAAGCGGCGGUGGGACGAGAAAGGGUGCCUGAACCACGGCGCCGCUCACUUUCACCAACGAUGCGGUGACGUAGGUGCGACCGCAGCGCCUGCGCAACCUCCUCGGCCUCCCAUCGGCAGGAAGCUUUUGACUCUCUCGGCCAUGGACCUCGAUGCGGCGGCAUCGGUCGUCCCCCCUGUCACUGUCUUCCUGGAGGGGCGUUCGAUCUGCCAUCGCGUCUGCCUCGACAAGCACACAAGCUAUGAGAGCCUAGCGAAGGCUUUGCGCCGCAUUUUCGUCGAUGUCGACGAGGGCGAUGAGCACGGUGAGGGCGGUGGCAAGGAGCUCCAACUCUCCAAUGCCGUACCUGGUCACGUGGUGGCCUAUGAGGACAUGGAGGACGACCUGCUCCUCGCAGGUGAUCUAAACUGGAAGGAUUUUGUUCGCGUAGCCAAGAGAAUCCGAAUCAUCCCUGCAAAGGCUAGCCGUCGGAAACAACGUGGAGGGCAGUAGCUGGUGUAAACUGUGAAGAUAAACAUGUAUCUAAUUUGUUGCAAUCUUAAUCUUAUCAAGCAGGGCUACUACUUGAAUUCUAGAUAUGAUUUAUGGUUAGAAUUGUAAGGUUGGAGAGGCAUGAAAUGAUGUCUCUCACCGCUAGCUGUGGGCUUUGUGGCUGAAAGCAUCGCUGUUCUACUUUGCUUUCUAUCUGUAUAAAUGUGAAAUCUUUCUAUAUGCUUAAA